AUGCCGGAUGCACGAGCGGAUUCUGCGGCCGCUGUGGCCGCUGCUGCCAACUCAAAGCAGCCUCUCCGGGACCCUUCCCGAGAGCAUGAUGCCGGCCGCUCCUUAUUAGCCCCUGGGCCAGCUGCCCAGGAUUCAGGAGGCCUUCUCUCUUCCUCUCCCACUUUCUCAGAUUCCCACUCCCCCUUUUCCACCACCUCUGUCAUAGCCAGCCAACCGCCGGUUACCGUCGCGGCUUCUUCGACAGGGCCUCAGUCCAAAUCGGAGCCUGGUCCCCUCCAGCCGAACCACAUCACUCAGAGAGACAGGCCUUCGUCUUCUUCUCUGGCUCCAUCGGCCGUUGAGGCUCAACCAGUGCCAGCCUGCAAUACCACAGGACAAAAACAAAACAAAAAGGACUCGUCAAGAGACAGUUGCCACUCCAGCCAAGCAGCAACAUCAGGCUCCCAGCCUAAAACUUACUCACAGCCCGUCCUGGUCAAAACAUAUAACGGCCCUCCCACAUCCCGGGGAUCUCGAGGCGCCCGUUCUCACUACCGCAGCAACAGCCGGGACUUCUCGCGAUCCGUCACUCUCCUCUCUUCCUCAGCACCAGGCAUAGACGCCCUCGCCGGUCAGCCCGCUCAGCCCACAGUGACUGGUGUCGGUGUCGAUGUCAGCAGUACAUACAAUCGGGUCAGUCUCGACGACGGCGCAGGUGCGAAUGCUCGAACAAUCAACGACAUGUCAGUCUUCUACAGACCGAGAAAGUCCUCCUCCAGCAGCGGGGGUAAGCUCGCCAAGUGGUGGCCGUGGCGUGCCCGCGAGGAGCCGGAUGAACCGAGACUCCCUCCCUUAGAGGCGUUCUCUUUCAAGAACUUGUUAGCAGAUGCGCAGACCCGCGGAAGCGAGUAUGAUAUCACUGCCGAUUUGGAUCGUAUUGCUGAGAUCUGUGCCCGCUCACGGUACUCAUUGAGCAAUCAGUAUGAGGUCCACGUUGCGCCACACGGCUCGGGGGCCUCAUUUGUGUCAGGCACGGCCCCGUCAACUACCUCAGCGCCUGUUCGCAGGAAGACGGGACCAAGUCACAGCCGGAGCAGCAGUGCCGGCAGUAUAGCGAUGAACACAAUCCCCUCGGAAGACGAAGGAUCCGUUUCGUCCGCCCAGUCCAGGAGAAGAGCCCUUGGCCGGCGCAGGAGCAUGGCAAUGUGUACUCUGGAGACCAUCAUGUCCACGAGCCGCUCGUCGGACGAGGAUAAGUCCAAGAAGAUGUCAGCGUCCGAACUGAUCAGCGAAGUCAGGGGAAGAGCAGCACGAAAGGCAGGAGAUAGCGGGGCAGUUGAAGGAUCGAGCACUCAAGCACCAGACACUGCUCCUCCUUCUAGCAACAAGCUGGCGCGCAAGAAGUCUGCCUCGUUCGCGACGGCCAUUAUCAAUAAUAGCAGUGGCAGCAACGAGUCUGUCACAGCCGCAGCUUCCUCGUCCACUCUUCCUAGUGCCGGCGCGGCCUCGCUACACAGCGAUCCUGCGCGUCCGCAGACAUCGCAUAGCUCACUUGGCAUUGGCACAACCACUUUCCCUGCACAGCAUUCCGAUCAAGGACCGGCUACAACAGGACAUCACAGCAGUGGCCACGCUAGCGGCGGGCUGGGCUCAUGGACCUCCUGGCUUCCAUCGUGGAGCGGAACGAUGCACACGACAGCUCUGCGCCAAAGGGCCACCGGUAUUGGGGCGCAGCCAACUGAUGCCGAAGCAAGCUUGAGACAGCUGCUGGCAAGGUAG